CUGCAUAUGGCAAUCGAAAGCAGACACGAAGGCAUCGUACGCAUUCUCCUCGAAGAAGGUGUCGACAUCAACGAAAGGAACAGCGAAGGAAGUACCGCUCUUUAUAUGACUAUACAAAAGCGGCAGGAGAACAUGCUACAGCUCUUACUUAAGAAAGGUGCAAACGUCGAUAUAGUAGAUAACAAAGGCCGCAAGCUAGUACACCUAGCG